AUGAGUUUGAAUGAAAUCACAAAACAAGUGGUAUUAACUAAAGUUCCUGGUAUACAUGCUCAUAUUUCAUGGACAGAUGUGUGCUUUAAAAUACCUUCCAUAAAGGGUCAUAUCCGAAAUACAAGGAGUACGAAUUAUUUGGACAAUGAAUUCUUUGAAGAAGAACCUUCUGCAGAUUUAAAUAAAACAGUAUUUGAACCGGCUGUGCAUGCAGAUACUAAUUUAUAUUGCAGAAUAUAUGAUAGUUUACCGAGAGUUUGUUUUAUGUAUAGCAUACUUGAUCUUUGGGAAUAUGACAGCAAUAGGAUCAAGAAUCAAACAAAAGAAGAUAUCAUUAUGAGGAUAAAUACUGUUAAAGUCAGCCCUACUCUUGGUCAUCCUAUGAAUUUCACCGAUCUCCUAGGCGACGUUACAAGAGACAAAAAUGGGAGAAUCGUGUCAGCCAAAGCACUUAAAACGCAGUUCAUGGUGCGCGUUAACUUUUCUAACAUAGACAUGGACACGUUUGGAAAUGAUGCUGGAACAGCUGAUUGGGCGACGGAAGAAGCAUUGAAGUGGGAAUCAGGAUUUCUCCUUACUCUAGAAAAAGCUUCAACAAAAUUAAAAAAUUGGAAUAAUAAUCACUAUCGUAAUGAAACGUUGGGAUUAUUUUAUGAAGCAGGUAGAAGUUUUGGAGACAUUAGUUCGUCUACCUUGUUUCAAGAUAUAGAUAAAUUAGCAAUAGGAAUAUUGUUGAUGUUCUUUUACGUUCAAUUAAUUCUUUCUAAUUUCAACUGGGUAGAAUGGAGGUUUUGCCUCACUGUGACUGGAUUACUUUGCGUUGGUGGUGCCUUCAUAAUAUCCAUUGGUGUAUGUUCAGCAAUUGGAAUUCCUUAUGGUCCAGUACAUACAUCCUUACCAUUUAUGUUACUGGGUCUUGGAAUAGACGAUUUGUUCGUAAUGAUGGCUUCUUGGAAGCAAAUACAUUCGCUCGAAGAAAAUAGAAAAAAAGCAUUGCAUGAAAGGAUAGGUCUAGCAUUGGGCCAUGCGGGUUCUGCUAUUUGCAUCACAUCGUUUACCGAUGUCGUUGCAUUUAUUAUCGGUGCAUCGACGAUAUUACCGUCGCUCCAAUCAUUUUGUAUUUACGCUGCAGUCGGAGUUCUCGUGACGUUUUUAUUACAAAUCACAUUUUUUGUCGCUUUUUUUACCUUGGAUGCGAAACGAAUCCAACAGAAAAGAAAUGGUUUCAUACCUUGUAUAGUUCAUGAAAAUUAUAUUUCAAAAAUUGUCGAUCCCAACGAAACAUUCUCAACGAAAUUAAUAGAUCGCUUGUAUUCAAAGAUCGUUCUAACUGUACCUGGAAAGUUAACUAUUCUACUGAUCACGAUAAUAGCAGCAUCGGUAGGUGCAGUUGGUUCGUAUCAAUUGGAACAGUGGUUUGAUCCAAUAUGGUUUUUACCAAAAGGUACUCAUUUGAGCGACUACAUAGUUGCAAGGAAUCAAUACUUUUCUCAAAGAGGUCACAGUGCUUACGUUUUUAUUGGUGACAUUGAUUAUACGUCGGAAUUCUCUAAAAUAAUGACGCUUGCUUCAAAUUUGAAAAAUUUAUCGUCAGUGGAGAAAGUCGAUUCUUGGCCAGAGGAGUUUGCAAAUUUUGUGCAAAAAUUUUAUCAAGCAGACUUAACAACGAACAAGAUCAAGAACGAAGAUUUUCAACGAUAUUUAUCGAAAUUUCUCUUUAGUCGUAUGGGUGGAAAAUAUCAAAUGAAUUUUCACUUCGAUGGAAAACUCAAGUGCGGAGAAGACGCACCUCGCAUUUUAAUUGCUACUAUAGAAUUUUUCUUUACCAAAUUUACCGGUCCUCACCAAUGGAUUCCAGCGAUGGACGAUACUAAACAAGUUGCGAGGGAAACUGGAAUCAAUGGAUUCGUGACGAUUUGGAGUAAAAUGUUUAGUACUUGGGUGACUGAUAAAUUGAUCGCACAGGAAGUCUUGCGAAAUAUUAUUUUAGCUCUUAUUUGUGUAAUGGGUACUACCGCGGUUCUGAUAGCAGAACCGCAAACAUGUUUCUGGAUCUUGUUGUGUGUACUUCUGACGCUUCUUAAUGUUUGUGGGUUUAUGUAUUUCUGGGGAUUAACAAUAGACAUAGUUUCAUGCAUAGGUCUAGAGUUAGCGGUUGGUUUGAGUGUGGAUUAUGCCGCACACGUAGCACAUGCUUUUCUGAAUGCCUCGUCAAAGAAAAAUAACAAUCAAGAUCGUAAGAUAAGAGCAUUGAUCGCAGUAAAACACAUUGGAGCUGCUGUGGCAUAUGGUGCGGGCUCAACAUUGUUAGCCCUCUCGAUGUUAGCUUUUUCGGAUGCCUAUGUGUUCCGUGCGUUUUUCAAAAUAUUUUUCUUAGUAAUAUUAUUUGGCCUUUGGCACGGCUUGUUGCUCCUACCCAUCGUACUGAGCACGGUGGGCCCACAAAGUCUUCGACAUAAUAACGAGCGACGCUCAAAUGAUACCGACGCGGCGAGGGUAAUGGACGAAGAAGCUGAUAAGCCGAUGAACAAGGAAACGGAAAACUAAUUUAUUAUAUUUUAUAUAAUGAUAAAAUAUCUUUGUGUUUUUUAUAGAGAUUCACCAAGUUCUUGCACUUCGCCCUAUUUUUUUCUUUAUCAAUAAUAUUUAUUUUUGGUUCAAUAAACAUACAAAAUUAUUACACUAUUCGUACUAUUAAUCACACAUUUAUACAAAAAUAAUAAU